CAUUUAUCGCCACAAGUGUCAAUGUCAAAUGAAUUAGGUUAACCCAAUUUUUCAAAAUGUUUUCCAUAAGUGCCCGUGCGUUUUUUAAGCCCCGUCUAGUCAAGUAUUUUAGGUACAGUAGCACUAAAAAGAAAUUUGAGGACGUCGAUGUGAGCAAAAUCCGGAAUAUCGGUAUUUUGGCGCAUAUUGAUGCAGGUAAAACGACAACAACAGAACGAAUGUUGUAUUACUCGGGUUUAAUAAAUCAGAUGGGUGAAGUCCAUCAUGGUAAUACGGUCACCGAUUUCAUGGACCAGGAACGGGAAAGGGGGAUCACCAUAACUUCAGCCGCUGUUACUUUCUAUUGGAAGAAUUAUCAGUUUAAUUUAAUCGAUACUCCGGGUCAUAUUGACUUUACCAUGGAGGUCGAGCAAACUUUGAAUGUUUUGGAUGGGGCUGUGGUGGUCUUAGACGGAUCGGCAGGGGUUGAAGCCCAAACUUUGACGGUUUGGAGGCAAGCAGAUCGGUAUAAAAUUCCUCGAAUAGUGUUUGUAAAUAAAAUGGAUAGGAGUGAUUCAAAUUUGUUUCUGAGUUGUAAAAGUAUAGAAGAAAAGUUGGAAGUGCCAGUGCUUUGUUUACAGUUACCUGUAAUCGAGAAUGGGGUACUCACAGGCAUUGUUGACGUUCUUACAUUGGAAAAAAUUACGUACGACCGAAGUAACGAUAAAUUAAUGAGUCGGGUGGAAAUCACAAAAAAAUCCGAUCCAGAAUUAUGGGAGGACGCCAGACGUCUCCGUUCCCACCUAGUCGAUGUGUUGUCAACCUUUGACGAUUCGUUGGCAAACCUAGUGAUUUCUUCCGAAUCUUUCGAUAUUACAACGGUUGACAUUAUCAAAGCUUUGCGUUCAGUGACGUUGAAACAGAAAGCAGUGCCUGUUCUGAUGGGCAGUGCUUACAAAAACAUAGGGAUUCAACCGCUAAUGGACUCAAUUCUUUUGUACCUUCCGUCACCCAGUGAACGCGACACACAUUUUUCUUCCUUUGAAGAAAACCUCUGCGCGCGAGCAUUCAAAGUCAGGCACGACAAACAAAAAGGACCCUUGACUUUUUUCCGCAUUUAUAACGGCAAGUUCAACAAAAACCAAAGAAUUUAUAGCAUCCAGCAGGAGCAAACCGAACAGUGCGGAAAAUUAUACGUUGCAUAUGCGGAUGAUUUCAAGGAAGUUGAUAGUAUCGGGACCGGCAAUAUUGCGGUUGUUUCGGGUUUGAAGUAUGUUAUGUCGGGGGAUUUAGUUACAAAUUCGCAAUCCUCGGCUCAGAAAGCCAAAGCGAGGAUGUUAAAAUUAACGAAGAAAAAAGGCGAAAUUGAUGAGGAAAGUGUGGAGAGUUUGUUCGGGACCGGUCCGAGAAUCCCCGAGCCGGUUUUUUUCUGUUCGAUAGAACCCCCGAGUUUGGCUUACCAGAACGCACUAGAGCAAGCCUUGACUGAACUGCAAAGGGAGGAUCCUAGCUUACGGGUGACUCAUGACACUGAGACAGGCCAGACUGUUUUAUCCGGAAUGGGGGAAUUACACUUGGAGAUAAUCAAAGACCGCAUUUUGAAAGAAUACAAAAUUGACGCUGAUUUGGGUCCGCUACAAAUUGCUUAUUUGGAAAGUCCGGUAAACAAAGUAACCGAGAGUUUACUAACUGAUACGAAAAUCGCCAACAACAAGCAAAUGGUGAACGUGAAACUGUCCCUAAUUCCGGUGGAAAAGUCCGGCGGUGAUUUAAUGAAAUUGGAUAAAAGUCCGGACGCCGCCAGUAAUAUUGCGAAUAUUUUCCCCAAGCAUUUGCUCGCUAUCAAGCAGGGGAUCGAAGUGGGGGUUGCCCACGGCCCCAAAAUCGGGAGCAGAGUCGUCAACGUGGAAGUAAUGUUGCAUAUGUUUGAGGUGGGCCGAGGCACCUCCGAAAGUGUGAUUGCAGCGACGGUUACACAACUAGUGCAGAAAUUGGUCCAAAAAUCGGGCACCAAUGUUCUCGAACCCAUUAUGCAUUUGGAAAUAGCCGCCCCUGAUGAAUACGUCUCGAGCGUGAUGGGGGACUUGGCAAGGAGGCGGUCGGAAAUUCAGAAUGUGUCAGUUCGUGGGAAUAUGAAGGUGGUUGAAGUGAUGGUACCGUUGGCCGAACUGAUGGGUUAUUCCACGGUUCUGAGGACCAUCACGUCUGGAACGGCCACUUUUACCAUGGAGUUUGGGGAGUACAGGGUUAUGACGGCCGUGGACGAGGAAAAUGCGAUACGGAGUGUGCGGGGGUUUUGAUGUGUGCCAAAGUAGAGUUGUAUUUUUAAAGGCUGAAUAAAUUUUAUUACUAAA